GAGAAGAGUCAUUUGAAGUCUACACCGGGGCGCCAAUUGACAUGCAUGAACCAGAGACCAGCAAACCUUACUUGAUAUUUAGCUCCGACAAUCUUGAAGCUAUGAUUUCCUCGGUGUUGUCGAACGGGGAUAACAAUAAGAAUGUAUUAUUUACCUUUAGAAAAACCAAAGGAUCCCUAGUUCGUUCUGAUCAAACGUUGCCUCUCAGAUCCUUCAAGUUAAGUGAAAAUGCUACAUACGAUUGUCUAGAUAUUUUUAAGCAACCAGGACUUAAUCAUCCCUCGCUUCAAAACCACACAAUCCAGAUUGCUGGAGUAAGGUCACGUGCUGGUCCAUAUCAUGGUGUAGAAGCUUGGUUUAAUGGAUAUAAGCUAAACGUUGGACGAUACCAGAUUUCAUAUACCCAAAUAUUUAUAGGCAGUCGACUGAAUAACCAAGACAAUUUUAUCCAAGCGGGUUAUAUUAUUAAUCCAGGUUUCUUUGGCACCGGACAACUUUGGACGUAUGGAUUUUGGAAGGGUAAAGAUGGAAAAGGAUGUUACAAUACAGCAUGUGAUGGGUUUAUUCAGGUUUCGAGAAAAAUUCCCAUAGUCCAACCCAUAGACCUUAAGCCAGGAGUCCCUGACUGGUCGCGUUGGUCCAUCCAUCAGGAUAAAGGAACUGGAAAUUGGUGGCUUACACAAAUCUUACAAAAUGCACCUAACGAAGAUAUUGGAUAUUGGCCAAAAGAGUUAUUUAAUCUUAUUAAUAAUGGUGCUACUACGGUUGGAGUUGGAGGUGCAGUACAAGCUUCUGGUUCAGGUUCAAGUCCCCCGAUGGGUAAUGGUAAUUUUCCAGUUGGAGGCCGCGCAGAUUCAGCAAUAUUUACAAAUAUUGAAGUUUUGGAUUCCAACUAUAACCAACGUAAAAUGAAUUCUUUUCCUACUGAAAUUAUGGUAGAUAGUCCAAAAUGCUAUGGGUUAAGAAUUGGUAAGGUGAAACUAUUUCAUCGAACUCGACUCGGUUUCUUUUUCAAUUAUGGUGGUCCGGGCGGAAACUCUUGUUGAGUGUAACGUUUUACAUUGUAAUCUUUAGACUUGGUAUUUAAUAAACAAUAAACUUAUUCUGAAUUAAGCAUA